AUGGAUAAUUUUCAAUUUACGCCGUUUUUCACGGUUUUAACUGGUGCUGAUGCUAUUGGAAACCAUCAAUUUAUCGAUAAAAUCGAUAAAAUUGAUUUUGAUGAUUUUGAUAAAAAGCUUAUCAAUGCAACUUCUUCCUUGGAUAUGCUAGAUGGCUUCAAGUGGUUAAAGUGUGAUACAAAACACGAGGGCUGGGGACCGGUAUCUUUGAGGUUUAACGACUUUACACCGUGUUUUAUCGGUUUGUUACUCUGUCUAGUGUCAAUCUCAAUGAUUGUCAUUGGCAUGUUCCAGUUGGUUGAGUUGAGAAAUAAGCGGAAAAAUAUACGCAAUAGGCUCGAUUGGACUUUUUUGCUAAAGAUUGUUUUGGUUUUGGUACAAGUGGCGGUGCUGAUUUUUUUGCCUAUUACUUAUCCCGGCCCACAAGGAAUAACAGAAACUUCUUUUGUUUUAAAUGUCUUUUCCACCCUAGUCGCCUUGCUGAUCCAUUUCUUUGAGCAGUUCAAAUCAAGCAUACCCAGUGGAGUUGUUUUGUUUUACUGGUUGUUUAUAUUCAUAUUGAAUUUGGGUAAAUUGGUCAACAUUUACUUGAGACACCAGUUUAACAAUAACAACCUCAACUUUGCUAGUUUAGUAGUUGUGUCUACAAUCAAUUCCUUGGCCAUUUUGCUUGUAGAAGCAUUGUUGCCAAUGAAACCUUUGAUGCCUUACAAUAACGGCUCAAUUUUGAAAGAAUCGCCUUAUGACAGAGCAAACGUUUUUUCAAGGAUAACUUUUGAUUGGAUAGGUGGGUUGAUGAAGAAAGGGUAUACCCAUUAUCUCACUGAACGCGACUUACCUCCAUUACCGAGAAUGUUGAAAGCAAGCAAUACUACAAGAGACUUUAACCAUUAUUGGAUUAAACAACCAAUAAACGGGAAAUCCUUAUUUCGGGCAGUGUCUUGUGCAUUUGGUGGCCAAUUCGUUUUGGGUGGAGUAUUCAAAGCAGCCCAAGAUUGCUUGGCAUUCGUUCAACCUCAAUUGUUACGGUUAUUGAUUAAGUUUGUUAAUGAGUACACAAGAUCGGUUAAAAAGGGGGACCCAAUACCAUUAACUAGAGGACUAUUAAUUGCUAUUUUUAUGUUUGUUGUUUCUUUGGUACAAACAGCUUGCUUGCAUCAAUAUUUCCAAAGAUCGUUUGAUUUGGGAAUGAAAAUCAGAAGCUCAUUGACUUCAGCAGUUUAUGAUAAGUCACUCGUGUUGUCAAACGACUCAAAACAGGAAAGCUCAACUGGUGAUAUCGUAAAUUUGAUGUCUGUGGAUGUUCAGAGAUUGCAGGAUCUAGUUCAGAAUCUCCAGAUUGUAUGGUCAGGUCCUUUCCAGAUAAUUAUUUGUUUGUAUUCAUUACACGGAUUGAUUGGUAAUGCAAUGUGGGCCGGUGUCGCCAUCAUGAUCAUCAUGAUUCCGCUCAAUGCAGUGAUUGCAAAAACUCAAAAAAAAUUGCAAAAGACCCAAAUGAAAUAUAAGGACAAGAGAUCAAGAUUAAUCAAUGAAAUACUAAACAAUAUCAAAUCGUUGAAGUUAUACGCUUGGGAGAAACCAUAUGUGGAAAGAUUAAACUAUGUAAGAAAUGAUUUGGAGUUAAAGAACUUGAAAAAAAUGGGUGUUUUUAUGGCAUUUUCAAAUUUCACUUGGAAUUUAGCUCCAUUUUUGGUAAGUUGUUCAACAUUUGCCGUGUUUGUUCUCACACAAAAGAGAAGUUUGUCAACUGAUUUGGUCUUUCCGGCAUUAUCGCUUUUCAACUUGUUAUCGUUUCCAUUAGCUGUUGUGCCAAUGGUUAUUACAAAUAUUGUUGAAGCACAAGUCGCCAUAGGUAGGUUAACUAAAUACCUCACAAGUUCGGAAUUGCAAGGAAAUGCAGUAACAAAAUUACCAGCCGUGAAAAAUGUGGGAGACAUUGCAGUGUCAAUUAAAAAUGGGACGUUUUUAUGGUCCAAGGCAACAGGUGAACAAAACUAUAAAGUAGCAUUAUCCAACAUCAACUUAAACUCAAGGAAAGGCCAAUUGGAUUGCAUUGUUGGUAAAGUUGGUUCUGGGAAAUCCUCAAUAAUCCAAGCAUUGUUGGGAGAUUUGUACAAGUUAGAUGGUGAAGUUACCUUGCAUGGAAAAGUUGCUUAUGUCUCUCAAGUGCCAUGGAUCAUGAAUGGAACUGUAAAGGAUAACAUUCUUUUUGGGCACAAGUAUGAUCCAGAAUUCUACCAGAACGUACUCAAAGCAUGUGCGUUAACAGUUGAUUUGGCAAUCUUACCAAGAGGUGACAAGACCGAAGUUGGUGAAAAGGGAAUCUCUUUAUCAGGAGGUCAAAAGUCAAGAUUAUCUUUAGCAAGAGCCGUGUAUGCACGAGCAGAUGUUUAUUUACUAGACGAUCCAUUAAGUGCAGUUGAUGUACACGUUGGAAAACAUUUGAUUGACCACGUGUUGGGUCCAAAUGGGUUAUUAAGCACGAAAUGUAAAAUCUUAGCUACUAAUAACAUUGGUGUUUUAAGCAUUGCUGAUAACUUACAAAUGGUUAGCGGUGGAAGAUUGAUUGAACAAGGAACAUACGAUGAUAUAAUGGAGCAACCUAAUUCCAAGUUGAGACAGUUGAUUGAAGAAUUUGGGAAGAAAAGAGAAGGUAAUCCAUCAAGAACUCCAACGCCAACAAUAAAGGAUGCACAACGAGAACAAGAACAAGGAAAAGGUGUUGGUGUUGCAGUUGCAGUUGCAGGCGGCAUUAAUGAGGGUAAAGCUCUCGAGGAUGAUCAGUAUGAAGCUAAAGGAGAUGAUAUAGAUACUGAAAAUCUAGAAUCUGAUAUCGAUUUAGAAGGUAUCAGUUUGAGAAGAGCUUCAGAAGUGUCUUUUGUACCCGAUGAGGAACGUGAUUUAGAAGAAGAUAAUAUUGAUGAUGAUGAUGAUGAAACUAAGGCAAGAAAAGAGCAUGUUGAACAAGGUAAGGUGAAAUGGGAGGUAUACAAGGAGUAUGCAAAUGCAUGUGGACCCACUAAUGUGAUUAUAUUCUUAGGAUGUGCUAUUGUAUCGUAUUUGGUUAAUGUUGCUUCUACUUUCUGGUUGGAGCAUUGGUCAGAGAUAAACACAAAAUAUGGAUAUAAUCCCAAUGUUGGUAAAUACUUGGGGAUCUAUUUUCUUUUGGGUAUUGGAUAUUCCUUAUCGUCAUUAAUCCAGAAUGUGUCAUUAUGGAUUUUAUGUACAAUCCAAGGUUCCAAAAAGAUCCACAACUUUAUGGCGGUGAGCGUAAUACGGGCGCCUAUGACAUUUUUUGAAACAGUGCCAAUUGGAAGAGUAUUGAACAGAUUCUCGAAUGAUAUUUACAAAAUUGAUGAAGUUUUGGGAAGGGUGUUCAAUAUGUUCUUUAGCAAUGCUAUUAGGGUCUCUUUGACUAUUGCAGUGAUUUGUUUUUCAACUUGGCAGUUUGUGUUUUUGAUCCUUCCCUUGGGUGUAUUGUACAUUUACUAUCAGCAAUAUUAUUUGCGUACUUCUAGAGAAUUAAAAAGAUUAGAAUCCGUCACGAGAUCACCCAUAUUUGCUAAUUUCCAAGAAUCAUUAGUUGGUGUUUCCACAAUAAGAGCAUAUGGUAAAGAGGAGAGAUUUAAAGUUUUGAAUCAAUAUCGUGUUGAUCAGAACAUGAAAGCGUAUCACCCGGCAAUCAAUUCAAACAGAUGGUUAGCUGUUAGAUUAGAGUUUCUUGGUUCAAUUAUCAUAUUGGGCGCUGCAGGAUUAUCUAUAUUGACAUUGUCUUCUGGUCAUUUGACAGCUGGAUUGGUAGGUUUAUCAGUUUCUUAUGCUUUACAAGUCACUCAAUCAUUGAAUUGGAUUGUUCGAAUGACAGUUGAAGUUGAAACAAAUAUUGUGUCCGUUGAGAGAUGCUUAGAAUACUCAAGGUUGAAAUCUGAAGCACCAGAAACGAUUCCGGGACAUGUUCCUCCAAAAAACUGGCCAACCAAGGGUGAAAUAAAAUUUGAGGAUUUCUCUGCCAAAUACAGACCAGAAUUGGAAUUGGUUUUAAAGAAUAUUAAUAUUGAAAUCAAACCAAGGGAAAAGAUUGGAAUUGUUGGUCGCACAGGGGCUGGUAAAUCUUCAAUCACAUUGGCCUUGUUUAGAAUGAUUGAAGCUUUUGGUGGAGAUAUUGCAAUUGACGAUAUCAAAACAGAUUCAAUUGGACUAUUCGAUUUGAGACAUAAAUUAUCAAUCAUUCCACAAGACUCUCAAGUAUUUGAAGGAACAAUUAAAUCGAACCUUGACCCAGUGGAUGAGUUCUCCGACGAUCAAAUCUGGAGAGCAUUAGAAUUGUCUCAUUUGAAAGACCAUGUAAUGAAAAUGUAUGAACAGGAAAUAGCAACAGCAACAACCCCCCAGGACAAAGCAGUCGAGAAGGAUAUUAUUAGCAAUCCAUUAGAUGUGAAAAUCACUGAAGGUGGAACUAAUUUAUCCAUUGGUCAAAGACAAUUAAUGUGUCUUGGUCGAGUCCUACUUAAACUUAGUUAUUCGAAUAUACUUGUGCUAGAUGAAGCAACAGCUGCAGUGGAUGUGGAAACAGAUAAAAUAUUACAAGAAACCAUUAGAACUGAAUUUAAAAACAAGACAAUCAUCACAAUUGCACAUCGACUCAAUACAAUCUUGGACUCGGAUCGUAUUUUGGUUUUGGAUAAGGGACAAGUUGCUGAAUUUGAUUCUCCUCAUACUUUACUAAAGGAUAAGAAUUCCUUGUUUUAUUCAUUGUGCAAACAAGGUGGCUUUGUAGAAGAGAAGUAA